AUGAAGAAGCUUUUCCCUUUCCUUCUUCUCCUUGUUGUUCUCUUGUUCAAUUAUGGCUUUUGUGAUUCUAGUGUUGGUAUUGGUUACCAACUCAUGAUGGCAGUUCCUAUGGGGUAUGACAUGGAUUUCACAGGGAGAGCUUUUCUUGUGCAGACCAAUCAGACAACACCAAAUUUUAGAGUAGCAUUGAGCAUUGAAGCCAUGAAUGGGAAAUACUCAUGCUCAUUGCAAGUUUUUCUUGGGGAUGUUAAGGUGUGGGAUUCUGGCCAUUACUCCAGGUUUUAUACCACUGAGAAAUGCUUGCUAGAGCUCACAAAUGAUGGAGAUUUAAGGCUGAAAGGUCCAAAAGAGCUUGUGGGAUGGAAGACUGGGACUUCUGGACAAGGUGUGAAGAGAUUGCAGAUAUUGAGCACGGGAAAUUUAGUGCUUGUUGAUGCACUGAACCAUAUAAAAUGGCAGAGUUUCAAUUUUCCAACGGAUGUAAUGCUCUGGGGCCAGCAACUUGAUGUGGCAACUCGCUUGACAUCAUCCCAAAGGAACUCAAGCUUGUUCUACUCUUUUGAAAUUGAGAACAACAAGGUUGCUCUGUACUUGAACUCUGGUAAGUUGAGGUAUUCUUACUGGGAAUUUCAGCCUUCCAUGAAUAGAAGUAUUACAUAUGUUAAGCUGAGUUCAAGAGGGUUGGUGUUGUUUGAUGUCAAAUACAAGAAAAUUGCACAGAUUCUAUCGCAGGGGAUUUACCCUCUAAGAUUUUUAGCACUGAAGAAUGAAACAGGAAACUUUGGUCUCUAUUACUAUUCACCUGAGAAAGCAAAGUUUGAGGCCUCUUUUCAAGCACUUAACAGCACAUGUGAUCUUCCAAUUGCUUGUAGACCUUAUGGAAUAUGUACAUUCUCCAAUACCUGCUCGUGUAUUCAGCUUUUGACAAAUGAAAACAAGGGUAGUGCUGAUUGCAGUGGGGAAAUUCCUGGUGGAUUUUGCAGUGGUAAACAGGCAGAAAUGCUAGAACUAGAUAAUGUAAGUAGUGUGCUCAAGGAUGUUCCUAAAAGGGUCAAUAUUAGCCAAGAAGCAUGUGAAAAUUUAUGCUUACAAGACUGUAAAUGUGCUGCUGCUUUAUAUUUCAGGAAUGCAAGCACAAAGGUGGAAGAAUGCUACCUUUAUAGACUAGUCCUUGGUCUCAAACAGGUAGAUAAAGGCACAGGAUUUAGUUAUAUGGUUAAGGUUCCAAAGGGAACUGUUAGGAAUCAUAAGCAGCAUAAUAUUAAAAGUUGGGUAUUGGUUGUGGUGGGAGUGGUUGAUGGACUCAUAAUUAUCCUUCUUGUUGGAGGGUUUGGAUACUGGUUGAUCAAAAAGAGAAGCCAUACCUUGCAUUCUCACGCCAGCACUUCAUGA